GCCUGGCGCUUUAUUUGGUUUGACGAGACCUUCUGGCAACUAUUGUUCUUUGUCGUUCUUGUUGCAAUCGUCUUCCAAUGGCGGCCCAGCAGUACAAACAAACUCUACGCCCGAAGCGCAUUCCUCGAUCCAGAUGUUGAGCCUCCACCCGAAGACCUCGAGGAACGACUCAUCGAUAGCAUAGUUUCGGGUAUCUCCAAUGACAGUACCAGUACCGAGGAACUCAAGGAUCGAAGGCAUGACGGAGAGGCAGAGGAUGAAGCGCUUUUGUGGGCAGAGAAAAAUAUACCACCGACUACCACCAGCGAUGAUUAA